AUGUACGAGUUACGAGCCGGCCUUCUCAUCCUGACCUUUGCGCUCCAUUGCGCAAGCGCUCAGUCGUCCGUGAAGACGGUUGACCUAGGCUACGCGACUUAUCAAACGGAUGCAAACAUUGACAUUGGGGUCACGAGUUUCUUAGGCGUGCGCUAUGCGGCACCGCCCACGGGCGAACAGCGGUUCCGGGCGCCACAGCCCCCUGCCAAUGUCACCGGAGUCCAGAAUGCAACUGUGCAGCCGGACGAGUGUUGGCAAUCGUCUUCUGGUACCAACGAGACCUCACCCUUCAGACUGGAGAGACGGACUGCCGGAGUGCAGAAUGAGGAUUGUCUUUUUGUCAAUGUGCAUGUCCCUACGAACUUGGAUCUCAGUUCGAACGAGUCUUUGCCCGUUAUUGUCUGGAUCCAUGGUGGAGGCUAUGCAGCUGGAAGCAACGGAGAAGGGAACCCUGCACAAACAUUGGUUCGGAACUCUAACGAUAGUCUCAUAUCUGUGCAAAUGCAGUAUCGCCUAGGUCCCUUCGGGUUUCUGGCUGGCGAGACGGUUGCAAAGGACGGUGCUCUGAAUGCGGGAAUACUCGACCAACAGUUUGCAUUGCAGUGGGUUCAAGACCAUAUCUCUAAAUUCGGUGGCGACCCGAGUCAAGUCACCAUCUACGGAGAAUCAGCGGGUGCAGGCUCCGUUCUCCAACACAUCGUUGCGCAUGGCGGGAAUACGCAACCCCCGCUAUUCCGCGCAUCAAUGAUGGACUCGCCGUUCCUGCCCUUUCAGUACGCAUACAAUGACCCCUUCAACGAGGUCAUCUUUGCGAAUCUAUCGCAGAUGGUUGACUGUCCCGUCUCCGACUCCUCACUCGAUUGUCUGCGCUCAGUAGAUGCAUCAGAGCUCAAUCAGAUGGGCCUGAACAUUGCGCUUGACAACCUCUUUGGAGUCUUCACCUUUGUGCCUGUCGUGGAUGGCGAUCUCAUUGUCGAGAGGCCCACCGUGACGCUGGGCAAGAAUCAGACCAACUCGGAUGUGAUACUCAUCAUGACCAACUCGCACGAGGGGGAUAUCUUUGUUGACGAACAGACACUGGCGGCAACGAACACGACACUGGCUGAAUACGUAGCAAACCUCUUCCCCCGCAUGAACGACACCUCCAUUCAGCAGGCCGUGGCUAUAUACUCCAACCUGGCCGAUGUCAGUGCUCCAACUGUGCCGGAACAAGCCGCGUUCGUGAUGGGCGAUUCCAUCUUCGUCUGCCCAGCUUUCUACGUCCUGGAUGCUUUCCCCAGUGCUAGUGGUUGGAAGGGCGAGUUUGCUAUACCUCCUGGUACACAUGGCAGUGAACUGGCAUUCCUCUUUGCCGACUCCGUGCAAGGCUUCCCAACUUUCAACAACAGUGCUUUCAUCUCGUCUUUCCAAAGCUCGUUCUUCUCGACGGCUAUCUCUCUUGAUCCGAAUGCUCACGACGCGGACGACUUGAAACCCGAGUGGCCGACUUUCAAGCAGACCGGCGAGACAAUGCUGUUCAACAUGACCACCGCGGGAGAACCCGAAGUCACGACUGUACCGACGUCGGACGCUUUGCUCGAGCGUUGCGCGUUCUGGCUUUCGUUGGGCGACGUGAACGCUCAGUGA